CCUGUGGAAAAGUACAUGGACGUCUCCAGUCUGACCAGCACGAGUGUCCCUGCCAAUGAAGUCUCCUCCAGGGCGAAGGAAGUGUCCUUCUACCAGGGCUAUACAACCCCUUACCAGCACGUUCCUGGGUACAUAGACAUGGUCUCAACGUUUGGCUCUGGGGAACCGAGACACGAAACAUACAUAUCAAUGGAGGGCUAUCAGUCUUGGACACUGGCUAAUGGCUGGAAUAGUCAGGUUUACUGUGCCAAAGAUCAGACACAGAGCUCACACUUUUGGAAAUCGUCCUUUCCAGGGGACGUUGCACUAAACCAGCCCGAUAUGUGUGUCUACCGACGUGGGAGGAAGAAGCGUGUGCCGUACACAAAACUGCAACUUAAAGAACUCGAGAAUGAAUAUGCCAUUAACAAGUUCAUUAACAAGGACAAGAGGCGAAGGAUAUCCGCAGCCACAAACCUGUCUGAGAGACAAGUUACCAUUUGGUUUCAGAACAGGAGGGUGAAGGAUAAGAAAAUAGUCUCCAAACUGAAAGACAAUGUAUCCUGA